AUGGCCACAAACGAGACGCCCACUGCUGCUCCCACCAGCGCAACAACGGUACCCGAGACCACCACUGCUGCUCCAACUAGUACAACGCUCCCUGCCGAGGUCUCAAGUGUAGUUCCCGACGCCUCUACGGCUGAGAAAUCUGCUGUCGACACAACCGCCACUCCGUUAGAUAGCGCUGCUGCUCCUGCGUCUGAGCCAGCGAAAGCCGUUGAAACAACUGACAAAACUGACGGCGCGGAGAAGGCUGAUGAAUCGGCGGCCAAGGAAGCAGCCCCAACCGAGGAGAAGGGAGCCACUCCAAUUGAAGAACUCUGGUCUCUAGCUCAAUCCAAGGGCCACCCGGAAAUCUGGGGUGUCACUCUCGCCGAUCCUGCAAACCACAUCCCAACUCAGGUCAUCUUGCAAAAGUAUCUUAACGCCAAUGAUGGGGAUCUCGUCAAGGCCAAGGAUCAACUUGUAAAGACUCUCGAAUGGCGCGCGAAGAUGAAGCCUCUGGAUUUGAUGAGCAAGAAAUUCAAUCGAGCCAAGUUCGCAGGUUUGGGCUAUGUGACAACUUUCGGAGCACCCGAUGCUGCUGAUCCAGAGCUCAAAGAAGUCUUCACCUGGAACAUCUACGGGACUGUGCAGAACGUAGAUGAGACUUUUGGGAAUCUGGCAGAGUUCAUCGAAUGGCGAGUUGUUCUCAUGGAGGAAGCGUUGCAUGCCCUUGCUAUCGACAAAGCCGUCAAACCGAUCACCGCAGAAUGGGAUCCCUACAAGAUUUUCCAGGUCCAUGACUACAAGUCAAUCAGCUUCCUUCGCCAACAAUCAGUUGUCAAAGCUGCCAGCACCGAGACCAUCAAGAUCUUUGCCCAGAACUACCCCGAACUACUCAAGGAAAAGUUCUUUGUCAACGUACCUGCGAUCAUGGGCUUCAUCUAUGCAUUCAUCAAGUUGUUCGUCGCCGCAAAGACUGCUAAGAAGUUCCAUCCCAUGAGCAACGCUGCUGGUCUAGCUGCAGAACUGAGUAACAGCAAGCUGAAGGGACUAGGAGCAUUCUUGCCGAAGGAAUAUGGUGGUACGGGGUCAGACCUUAACAGUGCGGGAAAGCAGCCAGCUCUGGAGGCAGAGCCUGAAGCGACUGACGUGAAUUCGAAGUAG